AUGUUGGACCCUUUCCCACCGCCUCCGGAAUGGCUGCGGAGCUUUGUAGAGCCCUAUACCCUCCGGUUGAACUGCCCGACACUUGCCGACCAUAUCCACGAGGUUAUCGCAGCGUUUGCCUUCUACCUGUUCAUCCAUACAGUUCUCUCACCCCGGCUCUCGCCAAUCCUCUUUCCUCAGUCUUACAACAAGCUCACUCCUCGGACGAAGCUGAACUGGGAUAUCCAUGCUGUCUCUUUUGUUCAGAGCAUUGUCAUUAACGUUGCCGCCCUGUGGGUCAUGUUCUUCGACAAGGAGCGCAGCUCCAUGACCUCCGGUGAGCGGGUCUUCGCGUAUACAGGUGCCUGUGGACUUAUUCAGGCUUUGGCCGUGGGAUACUUCGUAUAUGACCUGAUUGUCAGCAUUGUGCAUGUGCGCAUGUUUGGCCUUGGAAUGCUUUUCCACGCUGUCAGCGCCUUGUGGGUGUUUAGUCUAGGCUUUAGACCAUUCCUAAACUACUUCGCUCCGACCUUCAUCCUCUAUGAGCUCUCCAGCCCAUUCCUUAAUAUCCACUGGUUUCUCGACAAAGUCAACAUGACCGGCAGCCGCGCCCAAUGGUAUAACGGCAUGGCUUUGCUCUUCAGCUUCUUCGCCUGCCGCCUCGUCUGGGGCAGCUGGCAAACCGUCAUUGUGUACAUGGACAUGUGGAAUGCGCUUCAGCAAACCUGGUCUGCAGCUGCAGCCCCACUCUCUGAACCCGUGAGCAUCAACGCACAUGUCUUCUACCCAGCCCGCGAUGGUAGAUUGUGUGUCAACGAAGCCUGCGCGCGCGCCAAUGCCGAGAUCACCAAGUUCAAGGAGCAUACCGCGGGAGGUGUACCAACGUGGCUGGUCGUGACCUACGUCGGAUCGAACUUGAUCUUGAACUUCUUGAACUUCUACUGGUUUUCCAAGAUGGUCGAGACUGUUCUCAAGCGUUUCCGCACUCCGGCUGAUGCUGCUGGCAUGAAGAAGGGGACGAAAGAGCCUGUUAGCGCAGAGAAGGAUGCGCAGCUCAAGGAGGAUAUUGUGCAUGAUGUUGUCCUCGAGGCGGCUUCCAAGCUGGAGCAGCAGGAGACCGCUAUUUUGCAGGAUGAGCUUUCCUCGUUGCAUGAAAAGAUCUCUUCAAGUGUGGACUCAGGUCUCGGGGAGGAGUUGCGGAAACGGAGAGCAGAGCUUGUCGCGAAGCUUCCUUUGCCUGGUGCUUGA